GUGUGAAGGCGUGACUCCGCAUUUUGUGCUGCAGCUUCCGAGUUGAUAUCUACUUCUCCGUUAAUAAGGACCUUCCGCCAUGUCGGCAGCUGCUGAGGUUCAGAGGACGGCGGCCGUGGACCUGGGCGCCCUGCUAGACGCGGGCGAGGGCGCGGUCGUGACGCUGGUGGCGGGAGAGACGCGGCUGGCGGCGCACCGCGCGGUCCUGGCCGCCAGGAGCCCCGUGUUCCGGGCCAUGUUCCAGCACGACACGCUGGAGGCCAGCUGCGGCGAGGUCAGAAUGGCGGACGUGGAGGGACCCGUCCUCAGGCAGCUGCUGUCUUACAUGUACACCCUGCAGGCACCCCAGCUGACCGACACGGCCCCGGAGCUGUUGACGGCAGCCGACAGAUACGGCCUGUCCUCCCUGAAGGCCGCCUGCGAACAGCAGGUGGUGGCGCAGCUGGAGGUGGAGACGGCGGCGGCUGCCGCUGUGCUGGCGGUGAGGCACUCGUGCCCCAGCCUAACUGCGGCCACCGUCCACUUCAUAAGGGCCCACGCAUUUAAAGUAAUGGCGACACAGGGCUGGGCAGACGCCGUGCUCGAGUACCCAAAAGACAUCGUCGAAGUCAGUCGGCUGCUUGGUGAGCCACCAGCAGAAGCCAGCGCGGGCCGUGGCUCCAGCAUUCCCAGCACCGCCACUCGGCCACUCGGCGACCCCGGACGCUCUCCUGCCGCGGCUGCCCGCCACGCUCCGCCGCCUCCAGACGACGCGGCCGUCUCUCGCCUGCGGAGAGAGGGAGCAGGCUGAUAGAGGCGGCCGACCAGGGCGCGGCGGAGCGGGUGCGCGAGU